GUGAUUUGUUAAACACGUUGUUUUAGUGGAUGGAAACAAAAAACAGUAGAAGUUAAAAUGGCGGACGACAUUCGUAAUAAUGACGAAUGGGAAAAACUUUUGAAACAAUAUCCAAGUCUCAGUGUGCAAAAAUUUGAUGGAGACAAGACGAAGGUUGUCUGUGAAAUUACAUCGCAUGAAAUGCCGUAUGACUUGAAAGCUGUUGAAAUGUUUGUAACGGGCAAGAAAUAUAGAAAUGUAUGCAAAAACACGCUAACAAAAGCAGAAAAAGACCUUGUAUCCGAACAUCUUGUUGAAAAAAGACGAGGUCAAUUGUACUGUAAACUUACAGAGAAAUACAUAAACAAUCUUCCUCACCACAUACGUCUCCAUCUGAACGGAAAACGCUUUCAAAUAGCUCUUAACAAUGCAAGUUGUAUUUCAAAAAUCAGUUCACCUGAAGAGGAAAAUGGUGAAAGGGAAGAAAGUAUGGAAGACAGAGCUGAACUGUGGGUUCCUCCUACAGUUUCUGAGUCAGAAAGUGAGGAAGCGGCAGAUCUUGAUGUGGAGUUUAAAGAAUGCGAGAAAAAUAAUGGAGACAAUUAUAACUUUGACAUUUUGAAAAAUGGAGAGAUGAUGACAGUAAAAGAAAAACCAAAUAUUGAGAGAAAGAAAAAAAUGAAGAAAAAUAAUGAAGAUCUGCAAUCAAAAAAAGGCAAGCGAAAAAUAAGUAAUAACAUUGUAGUCAGAAACAAGAAAAAAAGGAUUUGAUUCAUUUUGAUGAUGAAUCUCUUUGGGAAAGAAAAAUACUAUUUAUUAUUCAAAUUCAUCCAAACAUUUCUUAUAAGUUGUGCAUUUUCCAAAUCCUAAAAUGGUGAUUCAAUUCUCUUAUUCCCUACAUAAACAACUUUGCUUUGAGUGUAAGCAUCAAAUCCAUGCAGACCAUUUUCACGUCCAAUACCAGACAUUUUAAAGCCUCCUGUUGGAAAAAAUGGGCGAAAUAUAUUGUAUGUGUUUAUCCAGCAGGUUCCUGCAUUCAUCUUUGAUGCCACUCUGUAUGCACAAUACAAGUCUCUAUAAUUGCAAACAGAAAGAAUAUUUCACAUUUAUUGACUUGGAUAUGUUGGAAUAAGUUAUACAUAUGUUAUUUAAAAGACAAACAACAAUAGCACCUGGUAAACACGCCACUGGCCAA